ACGGGGCAGCUCACGGCCUUCAACCGCUUCCUGGACGACUGGAGCGUGCAGGCGCGCGUUCUGCCGCGAGAUAUCACGCUCAACCACUGCGUCGCGGACCUGCACUUGCCGCAGCAGCAGAUUCGGGGUCAGGAAGGGGAGCAAGCGGUGGCGGUGCGGAUGAAACUACGUCAGAGG